AUGAAGGACCAGGACGCCGUAAAGCUGUUCGUUGGUCAAAUUCCCAGGAACUUAGAGGAAAAAGAUCUUAGACCGAUUUUUGACGAAUACGGUCAAAUCUACGAACUGACUGUGCUUAAGGAUCGGUUUACCGGCAUGCAUAAAGGCUGUGCAUUCCUGACUUACUGUAAUCGUGAUAGCGCGGUCAAAGCCCAGCAAGCACUCCAUGAACAGAAAACGUUACCUGGGAUGAAUCGCCCAAUUCAGGUCAAACCAGCAGACAGCGAAAGUCGAGCAGAAGACAGGAAGUUGUUUGUGGGCAUGCUCAGUAAGCAGCAGUCAGAAGAAGAUGUACGAGAAUUAUUUCACCCAUACGGAACCAUCGAGGAGUGUACCAUUCUCCGGGACCAAAAUGGUAACAGUAAAGGUUGUGCAUUUGUGAAGUUUUCAAACCACACUGAGGCACAGGGAGCCAUUAAUGCUCUACAUGGAAGCCAGACCAUGCCGGGCGCCUCCUCAAGCCUAGUGGUCAAGUUUGCCGACACGGAGAAGGAAAGACAACUCCGGCGCAUGCAGCAGAUGGCUGGCCCUCUAGGCCUCCUCAAUCCAAUGGCUCUCUCUCAGUUUGGUGCUUUUGGGGCCUACGCUCAGCACGUUCCAAGCGGCAAACUGGUCCUUACUCGGGAACGGAAAAUCGCCAAAUUGCAAAUGAGCUCACUGGACCCUUACGCUGGCUCUCCUUACGCUGCUCGGCAGCAGGCCAUGCAGCAGCAGGCUGCUCUCAUGGCGGCUGCGGCUGCACAAGGUGGUUAUCUGACCGCGAGUCCAGUGGCAGCCCUGGCCGCUCAUGCGCAGCAGGUGAAUGCCCUGGCUGCUGCAAACGGAAUCUCCACGGCAACCUUGACACCCACGACGGGAACGCUUCACAACGCCACCACAGGGACGACGCCUAUAAACGGCGCACCACCUAACGUGCUCUCACCGACCAUGGCCAGUUUCCCGGUCCCGCAGACCAACGGACAAGCCCCCGAGGUCUACACCAAUGGCAUUCCACAUUACCCAGUGCUCCUUUCAGCUCCGACUGUAGCGAGCGGUGACCCGCUUCAGCAGGCCUACACAGGGGUCCAACCCUAUGCGGGAAUAGCCACAUACCCUGCUGCCUACGGUCAGUUCCAGCAAGCUCUUGCCCAACAUGCCACCAUUGUCCCUGCUACUCAGAAAGAGGGACCAGAAGGCUGUAACCUAUUUAUUUACCACCUGCCCCAGGAGUUUGGUGACGCUGAGCUUGCCCAGAUGUUCAUGCCCUUCGGCAACGUCAUCAGCGCCAAGGUGUACGUGGAUAGAGCUACCAACCAAAGUAAAUGCUUCGGGUUCGUCAGUUUUGACAAUCCAGCUAGUGCUCAGGCGGCAAUCCAGGCCAUGAACGGUUUCCAGAUCGGCAUGAAGAGGCUCAAAGUUCAGCUCAAACGCCCAAAGGAUGCCAACCGACCUUAUUAACCAAUCAGCUUACUAGAUGACCAGCGGACAUUGUCAGGUACACAAUCUGGACAAAUAUGCCCGUACCCUCUGCCAAAAAAAAACAACAAAACACAUGAAACAACAGCAAAUCAUCAUGGUGACGAUCCAAAGAGGGGUUUGGAUGUCGACGAAGACAAAAGCUCUCCAGUCUCACUCAAACUCUAAAUGUACCUUUAAUUAUCUGACAGACUUUGUGUCGGAACCUAUUUAUUGUUCACCCAUCAGCGCGUUGCGUGCUUUUUGGACAAUUGCCCACCGAGGUCACAACUGGAGAGGCGUUGUUCGACGUUAAGAAAAGUAACAUUGGAUGAGUCAUGGAGGUUCUCCCUCUAUAUGGUGUGUAAGCGACUAUCUGGUGUGGAUCCAGCGAGCUGCUGUCCAUUCACACGCACUUUUACCAGACAAAAUCUGGCAUCAACGUGGUAACGCAGUGUAAAUAGAGCUAUCUUAGUUAUUUAAUCUAGACCAUGUUGUACAGUGCUAGUCACCGAGAGGCCCAUGGCUGGUGCCUCUCACCCAAUCACUGAUAUCGGGUUAAAAAUCGUGACCCUUGACCUUUGACCUCUCUAAGUGUGCCAAACACAAAAACCUGGCAC